AUGACUGUACAACAGUUCUACUUGCUGGGCGAUGAUCCCUCAUCCUCCAGGUCUAUCAAAGUCGAAUCGACACUGGACAUCAAUGGCCUCAAGGGCCUUGUAGCAGCGCAUUUUGCUAUUGUUGAACCGAGUGGGGUUGGCUUCCUGAGCCAAGAUCGGGCAUUGCUUGAUGUCACAGAAGUGAUUACGGCGCCGGGGCAGGUUGCUAUUACCAUCGAUGGUCACGAAAUUCGUGAUCCACCCGGGCCUGCCGGCUUGCCCUAUGUUGGAAACUACUUCGAGGUUUACCCUGACCACCUUGGUAAUCAUCAACGUCUUUUCGAGCAAUUUGGACCGUUGAUCAAGACAACAAACAUGGGCCGAACUACCUAUCAGACCAACGAUCCGGAAAUUUCUGCCAUCGUUUUAACCGAGUCUGAUUUCUUCACUAAGAAGAUUAACGAAGCCCAUCCACUCUAUGCCCUAAAACAACCAGCUGCCGGGGUGUUCCUCGGUGACACCGAUACUCCUGAGUGGAAGGUUGCCCAUAAGUUUCUUCCUCCUGCUCUCGGUCCAAAAGCAGUUCGUCACUAUGCUCCAACAAUGCAGAAGACGGUCGAGGAUUCCUUCCGUGUCUUUGAUGCUUUUGAUCAAGAAGAGGAGGCCUGGAACGUCUAUCGCUAUAUGUUAAAACUAGGCUCACAAGCCGUCGGCAAACUGACUCUUGGUUUGGAUUUUGAGCAUUUCAAUGAGCCCGACGCUCCACUGCACGAAAUGGUCCAUCUUAUCGCCGAGGUUCUUUCCUUGAACAAAAAGGUCACCUCCAAAGGUGACUGGUAUGCACGAAUGCCAUUUGGGGAUCCUCAGAGGCUGAAGCGUACAAAGGCACGUAUUGAGCAAAUGGUGGAAGAAUCAAUUCAGAAGGCCGCACGAGGUGGCGUUGAGGAUCUCCCCCUUCAGGAUGCGGCACUUCAGGCCUCUAAUAUGGUUGAUUAUGCCAUUCGCGCGACCGACAACAAAGGCGAGAAACUGCCGAAGUCUAGCUUAGUAUGGGCACUUAUCGUCGCAACCGGUGCUGGAUUCACUACAACGAGUUCUCUUCUCUCGUGGCUUAUAUAUGGCCUUGUUACCUAUCCAUGCAUGCAAGAAAGACUUUUGCAGGAGCUGAUUGAUCAUGGUAUCGACGAGAAGACGGAAAUUACCGCCGAUGUGACGGACCGGCUGGAAUUCUUGGACAAGUACAUCAAGGAGACUCAACGUCGUCACAAUCCUUCGUUCCAGCCUGGUCGCACGGCCAAGGUCGAUUUGGUUCUCCCUGGGGGUUACAGAUUGCCGAAGGAUGCUGUUGUGAUCCCUGCGCUGCACCAUAUUCACAACAAUCCGGCCCUAUGGGACAACCCACAGAGGUUUGAUCCCGAUAGGUGGGAUACAGACGCGGUGAAGUCCAGGCACAAGGCAGCAUAUAUCCCAUUCGCAACAGGACAGAGGAUGUGUAUUGGUUUCAACUUUGCCCUCCAGGAAAUCAAGGUUUUCCUUCCAAAACUCAUCUAUCGAUACAAGUUCACUCGUGAAGGAGAUGGGCCUAUCGAAUACGAUCCCAUGUUUCAGCUGAUUCGACCAAACAACCUAUUUGUUCGUGCACAGCGACGAGUCAAGUGGCCCCCGAGAACGGAAAAUCUUUGA